AUGUCGGCGGUGGUGCGAAUAAACUGCGAGCACGGCCGGGUAUUGGCUGCAGUUGCAGAAUUAAAUGAGAGGAGCAGCGAAGCCGACCGGGGCGGCAUGGCGGCGGUGUGGCGGCGCAGUGCUGAAAAGUGCAAUGACGUGCAGUUGUACGACGCUACAUGUAGAUUUGUUUUGUCUGUUGCAGGUGAGGAGCUUGAUUUAAUCGCCAAGCAGAGUGCAAUUACGUUCUGUCCGAGGGGGCGGUGUAAUCGAGAGAAGCCACCCUGCAAAUACUUCCACCCACCACAACACUUGAAGGACCAGCUCCUGAUAAAUGGACGAAAUCAUUUGGCGCUCAAGAAUGCCCUCAUACAACAAAUGGGUCUUGGCCCUGGCCAGCCCCUUGUGCCUGGUCAGGUGCCCGCAGUGGAGGCCCAACCUCCUGCGCCAUCACACCAGCACCUUCAGCAGCAAAUCCACCAGCAACUGCUCGCUACCCACGCUCUUAUGGCGACGAACCCCUACCUGACUGGGAUGCCGCAGGUCGGCAACACGUACAGUCCGUACUUCGCGCCGAGCCCGAUAAUGCCGACGAUCAUGGGACCGGCGGAUCCGACGGGCGUGGGCAGUCCAUUGGGAGUGGUGCCGCAAACGGUGGCGAUGCCGCAGAAGAUGCCGCGCACGGAUCGGCUCGAGGUAUGUCGCGAGUUUCAACGCGGGGCGUGCAAACGCGGCGAGACGGAGUGCCGGUUUGCGCACCCCCUCGAGACGGUGCAGGCGAACGAGGACGGCUCUGUGACGGUCUGCAUGGACGCUGUCAAGGGCCGAUGCAAUCGAGACCCCUGCCGCUAUUUCCACCCCCCUCUGCACCUUCAAGCCCACAUUAAGGCCACACAAACUCGGGCUAGCAUUGCGACGGCGACGAUGCCGAUAGGCGCUGGCGCAGUCUCGGCCAACAGCGUACCCGGAGGACUCCAGAAUGCCAAUAUGGCAAGCAUCGAGCUCGGCAAGAAGCGGAUGCGCGACUCCAAUGAUGAUCUGCUAAUGAUGGACAUGAAGUCUGUCGGAUCGCUCUACUACGAGAACUUUGCCUUCCCAGGAAUGGUUCCGUACAAGCGUCCAGCGGGCGACAAGUCCGGCGUGCCGGUCUACCAACCGACCAGCGCGACGACCUAUCAGCAGCUCAUGCAACUCCAGCAGCCCUUCGUGCCUGUGUCAUGUGAGUACAGUGGAACUCCACCCUUACCCGCCCAAAAUUCGAGUCAGUCAGUCGGCGUCGUGCAAAACUCGAUUCAGAGUCAGGCCAAUGCGGUCGAGGCGGCCCAGGCCGCCGCCGCUGCCGCCAAUGGGAUCCUCGUUGAUCCAAACAAUCCGCCGCCGCCGCCGUCGAGUGCGAACAAUGACAAACAGACCUCGAACGGCGCGAACCACGAAUCCGAGUCCUCCGCAGCUGCCACCGCUGUUGCAAGCUCCAACCAAAACUCUCAUGACCUGAAUCACUCGAGCUCGCCCCAGCACCAGCAACAACAGCAAACCCAGCAGCAGCAACAGCAACAGCAACAGCAGCAGCAGCAGCAGCAGCAGCAGCAGCAGCAGCAGCAGCAGCAGCAGCAGCAACAACAACAACAACAGCAGCAGCACCACCACCACCACCAGCAACAGCAGCAGCAGAAGCACCAGCACCAGCACCAGAUCAACCAGCAUAUCCAGCAGGCCCUGAGCGCCGCCGCGGCCCACAACGCGUCCGUCAACGCCAUCACCUCGAUGGCCGGCCUCAACACCAUUCCGACCCUCGUCAGCGUCAAUUCUAUGGCCUCGGCAGCCGGUAUCAACUCGGUCCCUAGUCUCAACUACUCCGCGGCCAACAUGGCCAACUUCAACGUUCUCAGCAGCCUCGGUGUGCCCUCCAGUUUCUCUCUCGACCCGGCGGCUCUCGCCAAGGAGGUCGCCCAGAAGAAUUACGCCAAGGCGAUCAAGCAAGCCGCGGCUUCCCAACAGGCCGCAGCCGCUGCAGCCUCCUACGGCAUCGGGACCCUCAACGCUCUCAACUACACGGGCGUGGCCUUGAACAAGCAGGCGCUCGCGGCCCAGCUAGGCCAGCAGUCGGCCCCGGCCCCCCGCCCGUCCAUGAUCCAUGGCCUCGGAGCCCUCCACCAUCCGGGUGCAGCCGCCUCCCUGCCCGCCGGCCUCUUGACCUACCGGCCGCCGCACGCCACGGCGAGCCCGCUCAACCCGUACUCGCUGGUAAGGCAGCCCGUGCUGCCGGGCAGUCCCUACUCGGUGCAGCCCUCGCCCUACGCCGUUCAGAGCCCCUACGCCGUGAUCCCCGGUAUGCCCGCGGUCGCCAGCGCCGUGCCGCAGAUGGGCGCGGCCUCCGGCCAGGGUCCGGCUACGGCCGCGACCAUGGCCGCGCAGCCCCAGGUCGCGUUGUCCGGCGGUGCCGGUGCCGCCGCCGCCGCGGCCGCGGCUGCCCACGCGGCUGCGGCCGCCGCGUCCAGCGGCGUUAUCAUGCAGCCCUACAAGAAGAUGAAGACCACCUAAGCGCCAUUGACACACGCGCGCAUCCCUCGUUCGGACGUCCCGGUCCGCGAGACUCGCAGAACAGUUCCAGUACGAUGACAACUUUCGUUUUCUAGUCAGAAUCGUCGCUGAACAGUGCCUUACUACGACGAAAAACACCGGCCUGUAUCUCGAUACUACGCACACGCCGGGAUCUCAAAGUUCCGUUUGACCGCUUCUUUAGCUCAACGACGUUCAACGGUUAAUCGCAACAAUUCGUUCGACGGCACUCGAUUAAUCGUGGCCGCUCCGAUCGCCCCUACCCCCCACCCCCUCCUCCCCGCCCUAUUUCUCGGGCAUGUUGCACGUGUGAGUUUUUAGGGUCGUCUCUACAUAUAUUUCUUUUCUUUUUUCUCUCGUUUUUUUUUUGCUGUAAUUCUCCUAUCGAUUUCAGACUGGGCAAGGAACUCCUGGAAGAUAGUGUUUUGAAGUGUUUUACUUUUGAUAAUUAUACAAUAACGAUUAACGCAAUUGCACUGUUGAUUGGUUAGCAUCGAGUGCGCAAUUUAAAUUGUUUUUAUAGAUUAAGGUUUUAUUUUUAGAUUGUUUGUUUUUUUAGAACUAGUAUGUGUAUUUCUUAAGUUUUCUUCUUUGCAAUUAAGUCAGUUUUAUAUCUUAUAAGAGUUUUUAUGAUGACAUUAGGGUGGUUGUUUUUUAUUAGUCAUAUUAGCAACAGCAUGUUAAUACUACUUUCUUGAAAACUGUGUGUUACUCGAAGACAAUUUUUUUUCAUUUCCUAGGUUUUAUACUAUACAAAUAUUGAGUACUAUUUUUCUAUUUUUAAUAUACUUCUCUUCCAGUGUUCCUCUUACUGUCCGCUGAGAAUCAGUUUUCUUGCAUGAUGAAGUUUCCUUAAGGUCUUUGUGAUUUAUUUCACGAUUUAUAUUUAUAUUUUUUGUGUUAUAUUUUGAGUUUAAGUUUGAUUAUUAUUCGUUUCAAUAAUAUUUUCAAGUCAUUUUAGUUCCAAGUCGUUAAAUUUAAUGAAAUAAAGUUCCGUCGAUCUACUGUUUCCUAGUUAUAACUUGCCUCGUGCGUGUAAAUCAAAUUAUCGCGCAAACUUGAGCUUUCCAUCGUUUAGUUUUCUUUUAAUUCUAGUUGACCUUCAGUUAUUUUGUUAUCUCAACAAUUCCGUAUAACUCAUAGAUAUACGUCGCGGUUAUACGCCUGUUCAUGUAAAAUGGUGAUUCAAAUCGUGAGAGUUUGGUUGACCCAACGUGUCCGAAAUAAAUUUAUAUAUAAACAAUUGAUUGGUCGCACAUUCUACAAUCAUAAUUGUGAUGUUUCUUAAGAACUUGACUCACGAAUGGCCUCGGAUUUUAAAAAAAUGACCGGUAUGAUAUCUGACGAACAAUCAAACUGUUAAAAAGAACUCGGUGUUGUCAUUGUUCGUAA